GCUAUUGCUCGCUUUUCGCACUUUGAUCGGUUCCAGCUCUGGUUCUUUCGACGUCAUGUUCGGUAGAGCCGCGCUUCUGGGCGCUCUUGCGAGCGCCGUGUCUGCUGGUACCAUCCUCUGGGAUGGCCGCUUCAACGACAUGACUACGAGUUCCGACCUGAACAAGUGGUCAUGGGCAAACCAAGUCGGCAACUACCAGUACUACAUCCACGGCUCAGGCGCAGUAACCAAAUACGUCAACCUAUCGCCGGACUACAAGAACCCCGCCGACACGGGCUCGAAGCAAGGCGCCAAGAUCACCAUCGACAGCACGGCCAAGUGGAAUUCGGACAUGUGGCGCACGGAGCUCAUCCCGCAGACGACGGCCGCCAUCAACAAGGGCACCGUGUACUACCACUUCAGCAUCAAGCGGUCGACGACCAAUGUGCCGAGCGCGACAAACGAGCACCAGAUCUGCUUCUUCGAGAGCCACUUCACGGAACUGAAGUACGGGUGGGUGAAUGGCGAGUCGGGGACGAGCAAUACCAACCUGCAGUGGAUGGUCGGCGGCCAGAGCAAGUGGAAGGUCGAGCUUGCGGCGGAUGUGUGGCAUAAUGUUGCUUAUGAGAUUAACUUCUCUUCCGGCUCCGUCACCUUCUGGCACUCCACCGGCGCCGACCCACUCACCAAGACCGCUGGUCCAUUCACCGCUAGCACCUCGUCCAACGGCGCUGACUGGCAUCUUGGUAUUCUUCGCCUGCCGCGCUCUGGUAAUGAUGGUACUGGUGCUGAGGACUGGUACUUCUCCGGCGUGUACAUUGAGAGCGGAACUCUUACGACCUCUGUGGCAAGCCCAGCUAAAUAGGUGUUGGCGAGUCAGUACCCGGCAAGCGCAACGGCUUGUAGGAUGUUCACACAGUGGUAUUAUAUGUAUAUAGCUUAUCCGAUGCUAUUAUCCUUGCA